GUUGGAUGGAGUGAGGGAGCUACCUGAGCCAUGAAAGCAGGAACCAACAUGAAGAUUGCUGGGAAGACUGUGUAUGUUUUUGUGCUGCUCACCAUCACCAUGGUCAUGAGAUUAGCAGGGAACAACUCCUCAGUCUUAGUGAUGACUGUAGGUAACAGCUCAGUUCUCACCUGCUCUCCCAAAGGAAAUAUAACUAUGCUAAGAUGGACAAUAACCCCCAAGGCUGGAGGCUUGUGCACCUUGGUAUACAGGGUUGAUAAGAACAAGACACACAGAACAACCUGCAGUGACAACAUAAACUGGACAUUCAGACCAGGUCAGCCUCCUGCCCUUGAGAUACGGCAAGUGGGAAUAGCCCAGGAGGGAAAUUACAGCUGCGAAGCAGCAUCAACAGAAGGGAAUUUCCACACAAGGUACCACCUGACCGUGCUGGCCCCCCCGAGGCUGAGCCUGUCCUGUGAUGAGCAGGGCAGCCCCGUGUGCGAGGCAGCGGUGGGGAAGCCACCGGCUCAGCUCUCCUGGGUCCCAGAGGGCAGCUCCACUGCAGAGGAGAAGUGCCACGACAACGGGACAGUGACUGUUCUCAGCAAGUUCACAGCAUGUAGCACCAAUGUCACCAAUGUGACCACCUGCAUGGUGUCCCACCCAGCUGGGAACUGGAGCCAGUCCAUAGCCUGCUGUCCCUCAGAGAAAAUCAACACCAACGUUUUCCAGUAUGCCUGCAUCAUUACUUGUGUUCUGAUCAUUAUUGCCUUCCCGGCUGUCAUUUACUAUUUCAAGCUCCAUGGUAUUAGACCAUGCCACAAAACCAAACCUCCUGAAAUUGCUCCUAUACAUUCACAACAGGAUGACACAAUGGAAGUGGAACCUUAUACUACUUAUGUUCAGAAGGAAAAUGUAAUUUACAACUCAGUGUCUGAUCUGACAGUGGGGCAGAAUCUUCCACAGGACUUGUGUCCAGGAACAUGAAUGAUUCAACAACAUCAGAAAAGGAAAGAGAUUCUUUAUGGAAGACUGUUUAUAGAAAGAAACUUGGAGGAUUUCUUCAGAUUUUGGGGCAGCAUAGAUCACUAGGUCUGUUCAAACACAUCUGCUUGCUGAUGAGUCCAUAAUUCUUUUUUUCUCCCUGUUUUGCUUUCUUCCUUGGGAAAAUGUGUUAUUCCUUGGGAAUAUAUGACUGACCACACACCAUAGUUUUUCCUGGAAAAGAAGA